GCGUGACGCAAACCUUGAGGUGAUUUCCUUCUUCUUUCCACCACAUUCACUUGCUUAUGCAGCAAGUUUUUUAUAGGCAUUUCUGUCUUUGCUCACCCAAUCUCGUUCCUCUAUAAGUACCAAAACAACACAAGUCACAUAACACGACACAAACUAAAACUCCAACCCUAGAAAAACACACACACAAGCCCUAGAAGUUAAAUCAGCGGUUCAAUUUACCAUAACAAUCAACCAUGGUUGCAAGAAGUGUGAAUCUUGAUCAGACGGUGGCAGACACGGAGGCUACAUGUCUGAUGCUGUUAUCGAGAGUAGGUGAAAGCCGCGGAGAAAGAGGAGAGACUCGCGUUUUCAGAUGCAAGACUUGUAUGAAAGAGUUCUCAUCGUUCCAAGCUUUAGGAGGCCAUCGGGCAAGCCACAAGAAGCCGGUUAACAACAGCAGUGACGAACAGUCGUCAUCACUCUCUUCAGGAUCCGUCACUAAGAAGACCAAAAAACGGUCGUCGCAUACUUGUCCGAUAUGUGGCUUGGAGUUUCCGAUGGGACAAGCUCUUGGCGGUCACAUGAGGAAGCAUAGGAGCGAGAAAGAAAGCGGCGCGUUGGUUACGCGCUCUUUUUUGCCGGAGGCGACGUUUACGACUUUGAAGAAAGCGAGCAGUGGGAAGCGAGUGGCGUGUUUUGGUAUGGGAAUGGAUCCGAUCGAUUGUGUGAUCAACUUGAAGUUGGAGUUGGGAAGAACAAUCUUUUGAUCUACGUACUACUGUAGUUCUUGUUAGUUGUAUUUUUGGUUAUACAAAUUAUAGUUGCAUCUUGCAUAGAGUCUUAUAUGACUUUAUAGUCUUAUCUUACCGAUCGAUGUGAACAUAUAUUUUGAUUUUACUAUCCAAUAUUUCUUUUCUUGUUGGCUCAA